AUGUUUAUAAGGAGGAUCCGUACCCUGUCUCCAUCUCUGCGAUUUCUCUCUGCAAACACACAGUCUUUCUCCAACAGACCCAAGCCAACUACAACUACAACCAUGCCUUCCUACAUCGUGACCUGCAAGGACGACGCUACCCCCGAGCAGAUCGAGGCGGCCAAGCAACAUGCCAAAGACCAGGGCGGCACCAUCGGCCACGAGUACACACUGAUCAAGGGCUUCUCAGUCUCCUUCCCCGAGGACUCUGUCCAAACUCUUUCCAGCCACGAGCACGUGAAGGAUGUUGAAGCUGAUCAAGAGAUGCGCACUCAAUAA